CUGCGUUCGAGCUUCGCUGGUAUCCGAACCAUGACUUCCAAAUUUCUAUUCUCCGUUCUCGCGCUUAACCAUGCGUUUGCUUCGGCAAGUCCUGAUUUUCUUAUGAUCGGAAACUCAUACUACUUUACGAAACAAUUUGGGCUUUCUGAUAACCGUGUGGCAUCUAGUUUAACUGCCAGCGGAGGUAAGGCGCUGACACAACAUCUUCAGGAUGCCCAGGGCGCUAACGGCAAUGACAAAGAUCUGCGUCAGUGGCUUUACCUUGAUCCGAAGCCCUUCGAGUGGGUCAUUCUACAGGAGCAAAGUCAAACCCCAGGCUUUUAUGGAUACAGUAGCUUCACGACAAGUUUAAACGCCGCGGUUGGCCUGAACGAAAUGAUUUCCGACGUUGGCGCCAAAACUGUAUUUUAUCAAACUUGGGGACGUCGUGACGGUGACAGCCGCAAUGCCUGGCUCUUCCCAGAUUUCUCUACCAUGCAGGACCGUCUUGAUGAAGGAUAUGGUCGCUACAAAGCGGCGACGAAAAACUCCAAAUUGGCACCGGUAGGCCCAGCGUUCCGUAUCAUAUACGAUACUUUGAUUGAAGCGGAGAUAGACCCUUUGAAAUCAGAAAGUGCCUUUCACUCUUUGUACAGCUCAGAUGGCAGUCACCCUUCUGUCACUGGAUCCUACCUUGCCGCUUGCGUCUUGUACUCCACCAUGACUGGCAAGGAUCCACAAGGACUGAGUUACCGGCCUAGUGGCGUGUCAGAGGCCCAACAGGCUAUGCUCCAGAAUGUUGCAGCUCACACUGUGCGAGAUGCGCCGUUGGUGAAGGCACUGAUUGCUCCUACCGUCUUUGCACCACCAGACAAUGAAGUAACUGACGCUCCUACUAAUUCGCCAGUGAAAACUAGUGGUCCUUCACAGGCUCCGGUCAAAACCAGCACUCCUACUCAGACGCCCGUGGAGACUGACGCUCCUACUCUAGCCCCCGUGAAAACAGACGAUCCAAGUCACUCUCCAGUUCGCCAGCCGCAACCAGUGCCCGUAGCAGGACCGUCUUGGGACAAACGAUGCGAUCAAAUGGUAUCUGAUAGUGACUUUGAGUCCGGCCUCGAAAGCUGGACUGCUCAAGGUGCUGGUAAGAUCGAAAGUGUGUCUCCUGGCUACAAAUCUGACAAAGCCUUAGCUUCAACGGGAAGACUCCGUUAUUGGAAUGGUAUUGGCCUCGGCAUUUCGCGCCGAAACUACAAUGGAUGCGUGGAGGCGGGAUCCAAGUGGGAAGUGAGUCUGCAAGUCCGUCUGGUCAAUCCUGAAACCGGCAAAGGUGUUUCCUGUGAUCGCAAUCCCACAAGAUUUACACCAGCGGACAAAAGAGGCUCCGGUUUUUGCCCCGCGGUGACCCUUUACCUACGUGAUGGAUCCUGGCGACUAGGCAAGUUUACACUGCGUGACUAUACCUCUAGCUGGAAUCCCAGCGAGUUCAACGAGCUACGAUCUGUAUUUGAAUUUCCGGCAGGCUCUUCUCAAUGGAACGCUGAUAUUCGGAAUUUUAUCAUAAAGAUCGAUCAGGCAGACUACGACCUCGAGAUGAUUGUCGACGACUUUUCGAUGAAACGUAUCGGCUAAAAAGGAGCCGCAACUCUUCUUUUCCAUUCAUUGUCGUGUAUGGAAAACAGCCAUGUACAAGUAAAAUCAUCGCAUCUUUCAAGGAAUAGUGCUAUUGUGUCUCAAACCGUUUUGACUAAUUGCUCAAUAGUGCCUUUUUCAUUACCGUCCAAGAAA